CAUGCGCGCUAGGCGCCACCUCAGAACCGGCGUUGUGAGGCAAGAGGGAGAGAGAGACUUUUGGGUGCGCGCGCGAAAGGGAAAGAGCUCGCGGAGGAACGCCAGUUGCUGGUCUUGCUGCCAUGAUGCCUGUAGCAACAAUAAAGGCCGACACUGACAGCAUGCCGUUGUAUGAUCCCCGCCUCCUUCGUGAGCUGGAUUGGAGCCAGAGCAGCGUCACCUUUUCACCUGCCAUUUCUCCUGCAGACCCUGGCGACGGUUUGGUUUUGAGACCUUUAUGCAUUGGUGACAUCAACCGAGGCUUUUUAAAAGUUCUGGGUCAGCUGACUGAAACUGGCGUUGUCAACCACGAGCAAUUCAAAAAAACUUUUGAACACAUGAAGAGUUCUGGGGACUAUUACGUGACCGUAGUGGAAGAUACAAAUCUAGGACAGAUUGUGGCGACUGCAACUUUAGUUAUUGAACAUAAAUUCACUCAUUCAUGUGCAAAGAGGGGAAGAAUAGAAGAUGUUGUCGUAAGCGGGGAAUGUCGAGGAAAGCAGCUUGGGAAACUAUUGACAGCCACUCUUACGUUGCUAAGCAAGCGACUGAAUUGUUACAAAAUUACACUCGAGUGUCUGCCAAAAAAUGUAGCUUUUUAUAAAAAGUUUGGGUAUUCAGUAUCUGAAGAAAACUACAUGUAUCAAAGGUUCUUCAACUAAAGAAAUUCCGCUGUAAUCUCUUGCAACAGACUGCUGGUGGGGGACCUUGUGCUGCUGUCUGCAUUCUUCCUGGAAAACCAGUAUUUUCUGUAAAAGGUACAAUCGCCUCUAAAAACGGGACAACAAAUACUUAAAUGCUGCAGACCGAUUCUUUUAGGUUUAUUUGCAAAUGGUGAAACCUAUUUUUCCUACUGUUCAUACUAAGUAAUGUUUUUGUUAAUAGGGAGUGGAUGAAUAUUAUGAAAGGAGAUCGUUUUUUUAACCAAAGGGUAUAUAUUUUUACCUGAUGCAUUUUCUUGCCUCGUAUUUUUCUAAAGUGAUGUGCUGCUUUUUCUCAGUAGCCAAACAGUUCUUACAGGUUUGGACUGACGUGCAAUUUCUGUCACUUAGGAAUGAUAAACACAAGCUCUUCGUUGGGCUUCAGUCACUUACGUUGUCAUCAAUGUACCUCCCAAGGUUCACAUGCCCUAGAAGAGUCCGAAGGGAGAUUUCCCAACUGAGGUAGCUUGUGCAAAAUCAACAGAGAUCAAUACACCUGUUCAACAUCUCAGAUGCCCCCAUGGCUUACGCCUACAGUGGAUUUUUGGAACAGGAUGUGGCAACUCUUGUCCCUGCUAAAAGACACAGGAGUCCCAGUGUCCCCUCACAAUUACCUGCUUAAACUUGGUGGGGUUUGUUUGCAGGUGAAAGUUUCUGCCAUGUUCUGCACAUGUUACAAACCAAAAAUUCUGCUUUCAGGAGCUUGAUGGGAUUAGGCACUUUGGAUUUACAUAAAUUGUUUUAGCACUUUUUGUCAUCAGUUGACAAUAAACGUAUGGCAAAUCCACCCACACCCACCCUCCAUUUAACUCUGGAGGGUGUUUCCAUAUGAAGUUCAGGGCAUUGUGAGCAAAUGAAGGCCAUUACAGAAAAGUCUGCUGUUUGAAUAAUCAAGCUUCACUGAACCACAGAGGGCUGUUCUCAGCUAGGAGGGCUCUUUCAUUUCAUGAGUAGUGUGGUACGUAACUUUCUGGAAAAGUUUGUUCUAUUUAUUCAAUUUAAAAGCAUUGUAAAACUGAAAAAUGGGGACUUAAUAAAUCUCAUUUUGAGUCUA